AUGUUUCUGGGCUUCGCCACCAGCUUCUUCCGUGCCAUGCUCCAGCAACACCAGCAGUCGUCGCCAGCGCCCAUGACGAACGGCUGUCUGGAGUCUCUGCUGGGACUCCUUGAACAGAAGCACGCCGUCUGUGUGGAGGCCGCGGAGGCGGUGGGUCUCUGUCUGAAGUCCCUGCUCGGAGUUAAGCGGGAGUUCUCCGAGCUGAGGACCCUAAUCUGCAAAGUGGGCCUACAGGAUGCGGUAAGACUCUGCUGA